GCCCCCCAUUAUCCGCCGUCGACACAAAUAUUUCUCCGCCGCUCUCUCUCUCUCUCUCUCUCUCUCUCUCUCUCUCUCUCUCUCUCUCUCUCUCUUUUGUUAAUCCAAUUAUCCAAUUCCCGUAAUUAGUUAACAAGAAUAUCCAAUCAAUUUCCGCUAUUUUCUCCGAUUCUCCUUCGUCAUUAGAUUCGAUCCUAAAUCCUAACACUUCCUAACCUUCCGGCCAAAUUUCGCCUCCUUUUAUAGCUUUGUCCGAUCGCUGGAUUUGCGACAUCCCCAGUUGAUCUUUUUCUAACCCGAUUCAUAUUUCUUUCUUCUGGGUUUCUGAAAGUUCCGUUUUUUCUUUCGCGGGUUUACAUUUUGAAAGCUUCGGAUCCGGGCAAAAAUGGAGCUCUCGGUGAUCGGCACUUCUCAGGGGACGUUCUGCGGCGGCGGGGAGUUGGUGAGGGAGCUGAGAUUUUGCGUCCCCAAAAGAAACGGAGACGCUCUCAACUUCUUCGAUCGAAAUUCCCGCCGGAGAUGCAGGAAUUCUCGCCUGCAGCUUACCCUCACCGCCUCCGGCCAAUCCGAACCCGUCCGGUCCGAUAGCUUUCCGGUUCAUGAGCCCGCCAAAAGACCCAAUUCCAUUGAUAGAGUAAGGUUAUUUGUUGGGUUGCCGUUGGAUGUGGUCUCUGAUUGCCACAGUGUAAACCAUGCGAGAGCCAUAACAGCAGGUCUCAAAGCUCUGAAAUUGUUGGGGGUAGAAGGUGUGGAGCUUCCGGUGUGGUGGGGGCUGGUGGAGAAGGAAGGAAUGGGGGAGUAUGAAUGGUCAGGGUACCUUGCCGUUGCAGAAAUGGUACAAAAUGCAGGGUUGAAGCUUCACGUGUCGCUCUGCUUCCAUGGAGAUAGGCAGCAUAAGGUCUCGCUUCCGCGAUGGGUUUCGAAGAUCGGUGGAUUGAAUCCCAGCAUCUUUUAUACUGAUCGAUCUGGGAAAGCCUAUGAGGAUUGCUUGUCGUUGGCAGUGGAUGAUCUUCCUGUUCUUGAUGGCAAGACUCCUCUUCAAGUUUACAAGGGUUUCUGCGAGAGCUUCAGGUCUUCAUUUGCCCACUUCUUGGGUUCCACUAUCACGGGAGUAACAAUCGGGCUGGGACCAGAUGGCGAGCUUCGAUACCCAUCUCACCACCAACAUUCCAACAACAGCAUCCCUGGAGUUGGAGAGUUCCAAUGCUACGAUGAAAACAUGAUGAACCACCUAAAGCAACAUGCAGCAUCCCUCGGCAAUCCCUUAUGGGGUCUGGCAGGCCCACACGAUGCUCCGACUUACAACCAGUCCCCUGACUCCAACCCUUUCUUCAACGAACACUCCGGAUCAUGGAAGACCCCCUACGGAGAAUUCUUCCUCUCGUGGUACUCCAGCCAGCUGCUCUCCCACGGUGAUCGCCUCCUCUCCAUGGCCUCCGACGUCUAUACAAACACUGGGGUGGCAACUCACGGCAGAGUCCCUCUGAUGCACUCCUGGUUCAAAACCCGGUCACGUGCACUUGAGAACACGGCUGGGUUCUACAGCACGGAUGGGAAAGACGCAUACGAAGCAUUUGCUCAGAUGUUUGCUCGUAACUCCAGCGGAAUGAUCGUUCCCGGAAUGGACUUAUCGGACGAUCAGCAGCCCGAGCAGACAAUGUCUAGCCCCGAGAUGUUGUUGAAGCAGAUUCGUGCAGCGUGCAAGAGGCAUGGAGUUGGGGUCUCCGGAAUGAACUCUAGGGUUGGUUCGAAUGGGUUGGACAGGAUAAGGAAGAAUGUAACUGGGGAUGAGAAUAACGUGGUGGAUCUGUUUACUUAUCAGAGGAUGGGAGCAGAGUUCUUCUCGCCGGAGCAUUUCUCGUCUUUCACCCAGUUUGCUCGGGGGCUGAACCAGCAUUUCGCCGAGCUGCAUUCGGAUGACCUUCUGGCGGAAGAAACUGUUCCAGUGGAGGCGGAAGAAUCUGUUCCGGUGGAGGCUUCUUCAUCACCGAGUGCCGAGAUGCAAACGGCCUAAGGGUGGAAGAGACUGAGAGCUGUUGCAUGUUAAACUGUAUAAAUAUAUAUGUCUGGGUGAGUCUGAAAGUUUGGACGCUGCACCCUUCUGAUUAUUAUUACUUGUAAUCAAAUGCAACAACAAAUGUAUGUGUUUGAGAGCCACGGAAUAGAGCAAUACGGAGCUGUUUGAAUUAAACUUGAAAUGAUUCAAGUUCAACUUCGCAUUGGUGUACUGUACUCUCUGUAUCAGUCAAAAUGUCGAAGUGAAUCCAUAAGUAAUCGUUGAUAACUGGGAGUAAUCGGCCUCCUCGGAGUAUUGUUCUGUCGAUUCUAAGCAUAGUGCAAUGAGGAAUAUGCUAAGCCGUAGCUCUGUCGAUGAGGCCUCUUAACUCAUGCAAAUGCCACUUUCGAGUUCGAGAGAGAGACAAGUGAAAAGACUGGCUUAGUCAGUAUCGGUCCUUAAGAAAAACCACAUUCUUGAGUGAAAGAUAUGCUAACACUAUUACGUAAACAAGGUUUGAUCACCAUUUUCAAUCGUACUUAACUAUCGAAUUGAGCCUCUGCAAUGGUAAUUUGGUAUCAACACGUUACAAACUAGAGUGAACAACUCGAAACUAGAAUGAACAACUUGAGGCGAUGACAUUGCUACUCAUUUUGCUCCAAAUAUCUCCAUCGCUUCCCUCCAUGGUGUCGAAGCCGCCAAUGGUAUUCGGCAAAGGCAAAUCCUUCGACAAGUUAUUCUCCUCUGUAUUGCAGUUCACUCGGAGAAAGUUACAGAAUGGAAAAGAGGAACAGCUAACACAAAUGUAAGAAGAGGAGGUACGGAAGCUUCGGGAAACUCUCAUGUACACAGGCAGACUACCAAACUAUACAUAAUAACGCUAUUUUUAUUUAUUUAUUUAUUACAAUUCCAAAUAAUCUAAACCCUGAAGAACUUCCGUUUUGAAACAGGGAUGAGUUGAGGUGAAGAUUCAAAUAUCCGAAGCUUGUACUGAGACAGCGCCAUUUCUAUGCCCUGCUAGAUUGUUUGCUCCCUCUGAGCUGAUAGCUUGCAUCGUUGCACCAGAUUGGCAACCUUUCGCCUCCCAACUGCAUAAAAGGAAAGUUAAAACACAUUAAUUUUUUUUAUUCAGAAUGACUGUUAACAACACAUUAUACAAUAAUUUAAGAAACUAAUGACCCCAUG